CCCGGUGAGAACGAGGUGUCAUACUGUCAUAUCCAUUGUUUCAGUCUUUUGACAUUAUCAACUGCAAUACUAGAAUGGGAUUCUUGGCACCUCAUCAUCAGCUGGCUUUCAUAUUUGGUCUCUUAGGUAACAUUGUUUCGUUCUUGGUGUUCUUGGCACCAGUGCCAACUUUCUAUCAAAUUUGCAAGAAAAAAACUGCUGAAGGUUACCAUUCAAUUCCUUAUAUGGUUGCACUUUCCAGUGCAAUGAUGUUGCUGUACUACGGUAUACUUAAGACGAAUGCGGUUCUAAUCAUCAGCAUCAACGUCAUAGGAUGUGCUAUAGAAAUUAUCUAUCUAGUUUUAUACAUUAUAUAUGCUCCUAAGAGGGAAAAGGUUUCAACAAUGAAGUUCAUACUGCUGUUCAACAUGGGAGGCUAUGGCUUGAUCAUCUUACUCACCAAUUUAUUAACAGAAGGGUCCAAACGUGUGACUGUCAUGGGAUGGAUCUGUGCCGUUUACAAUGUUGCCGUAUUUGCUUCUCCUUUAAGCAUCAUGAGGCAUGUCGUAAGGACUAAAAGUGUGGAACACAUGCCAUUUUCUCUUUCCCUUUUCCUCACGUUAUGCGCCACUAUGUGGUUCUUCUAUGGACUCUUCGUGAUGGAUUUCUUCAUUGCAUUGCCAAAUGUGUUGGGAUUUUUGUUUGGAAUAGCUCAAAUGAUCAUUUAUGUCACAUACAAGAAUCCAAACAAGGAUGUUGAAAUGCAGCAAGAAGUAGAUACAGAGUUAAAGCUGAGCUCAUUGGAGGAUGCAAAUCCAUGCAAAGCAGAUCAACAACAAGAAAUCAGAGAAGCCUGUUGAAUCAGACAUGAUGAAUAAUGUUU